AUGAGAGCAGGCAGCAGAGGCCAGGAGAGGUCAGGCUGCUCCAGCACGGAUGAUGUUUCGGAAGACACAACCUACCAGCAACAGGAGGAUUUGCCUUACGACGGGAGCCUCUCUCAAACUGAUGAUGGUUUUGCCUCAAAAAUUGACCUCCUUGAUAGCUCAAAUCAGAUCAUUUUAACAGAAAACGACUCUCAAGAGAAUGCAACAGCUGAUGAGAUCUGCAGAAAUGCAGCGAGGGCCAUGCCGCCCGGUAAAAUGACUGAAAACCUCGUCGUCAAACAUGAUAAACAGAAGCAGUGCCCUGGAACCCCUCAUAUUCCAGCUAACAAGGGAAACACUCCAAAGCCAAACACCUCUGACAUCUUACUCCGACAUCUUUCCAAAGACCAAUUCUUAAGAAGUCAAAGCACCGACUGUGAAACUGCCCCAGAGAUCUCCAAUGUGGACAGUUUCGAAGCAGCAGCUAUGACUAACAAUAUUACUGCAGGUUAUAGGAAGAGUGCUUGGCCACAAGAAGAAACCUCAGAACUCACUGACCAAGUGAACCCCCACAGGGAUGGGGCACGUAGCAGCAAGCCCGGUUGUUCUCCAAACACAACGGAAGAAAAUACCUCUGACACGAAAGCGCUAGCAGCUACGAGAGCUCCCAGUCCUCAAGAAAAUUCAAAUUUUGUAACUAAAGUCAGGGGUCCAAGGGAUCAACAAAAAAGUUGUCGAGGGCAGUGGCCGCAGAAACAGCACCUUGACAAAGCAAGUUCAAGCACCCGGUUCAAAAGUGGCCGAGGUCGCGUUCAUCGCCAGCUCUCUGAUUUCUGUAAGGCUGUUCCCAAAGUGAAAAUUCCUAAAAAUAACCUGAUGAAUAAGCCAUUUAAAACAGCUAAACAAGCCAACUUUUCUCCUAAAUUGAGAAGUAAGUCAGCUAUGGUGCAAAGUAUUUUAGAAACCAUGCCUAGGUCCAAGUGUGUUGAAAAACGUCAUCAAGAGAAAGAGAAAAUUACUAAAGCUGCACAACACAGGCAGGUGGAGUCGAUAGAACAUAUCCACCGAGAACUGCUCACAGGAAUAGAAUCUGAGACAAGCCUCUCUAUGGUUUCAUCAACUUCUCAGAAAGACCCUUCCUCAAGCUCUCCUAAUAUAUUGCAGAAGAUAUACCAAGGGAAACAGAUGUGCCAGAAGUUAAGUGAACAGACUGACCAACUGAAGACUAAAGUACAAGAAUUUUCAAAAAGAAUAAGAAAGGACUCUCUCAGUCAUUUGCAAGACAAGAGGAUGGUCCUGGAGAACCUGCAGGGACAUCUCGAACCGCUGGAGCAGAAGUUUCUGGCCACCAAGUACAAGCACCAGACUUUGCAACAGCAUACCCAUAAGCACGAGUCUGCAACCAUCGGGGACUUUGAUCGAGAAAAAAAAGUGGAAGGUGAAAUCUCCAGGUUGGAGAUGCUACUUGAAGGUAUUAAAGAGAAAACUGAUGAAAUCAAAUAUACUUCAGCUUGCUCCCUUCCUGCGAGUUCUCCAGGCAUCCUGGCUGACUUGGCAUCCACACUCUCUUCACUCUCAAAUGAGGAGGACCUCACUGGCACCUCGGGAAGCCAGGAACUUGCAGAGACGAUGGCACCUAGUCUGAGCUGUGCCUUCUUGCUGCCGGCUCCUGGAAUGGAGAAGAAGCAAAGGGUGGACAAAAAAGGCCAUGGAAGGAAGGACCUUGGCGGAUUUUCAGCUGCCAUUCGAGAAAAGGCAGUGUGGUUAGAUCCAACUCUUGGUUCUAAUAUAGGACACAGCUUCUGUUCUGCUCCUGGCAAUGGAUCGCAGAGUAGCAAAUGUGAGGAUUGCCACGUUAAGAGUCCCAACUCCAGAAUCUGCAGUAAAGAUCCGCUGAAAGAGUUUCAUUACAAAUACAAUACUCCAGGACAGAAUUACUUGAAUCAUAACGAAAAUGGUGCCUUUGUCCAGCCCUGCCCUUUACGUGAAAGUAAAACUUCUUCACUUCGUAAGUCUCAUUCAAAAUCCCAAAGAACGAAUUCAAAAUCUGAAGGUGAACAUGAGCCCACACCAGGAAAAAAACAUCUUCAGCCUUCGGCGACUCACAACCCCGACUCUGCAACACCCGCAACCCGUUUCCUCUCCUGCAGGAUCUCUGGAAGCAAAUCGUCAUGUGACUUUGAUAGUAUCGAAGAAACCAAAUCUCAGGGUUUACACUCAGCGUUGGACCAUGCCCUAAAGACAGCAGCCAUUUUGAAGGAAACUACUGAUCAAAUGAUUAAAACCAUUGCAGAAGAUCUUGCCAAAGCACAGAGAUGGAAAAAUCGAGUGAAGUACUAG